UGCACUCAAAACUCCCUAUCGACAAUACUGAUAAGAUUUCUCGAUGAUGACUUAUUGUCACCCUAUAUAUUGAUGAAGGAAGGGCCGAUUUUAUCAGUUGAUACAUUGUGUUGAGACAUUCAUUCAUACUUAUUGGAAAACUCAUUUCAAUAAUUCAAAUAUGUUCGGGAGAGCAGUGAUUGCGUUGUCAUGCUUAGUGGCGUACGCACACGGACACGGCCGGUUGGAUGUACCAGCGAACAGAGCCUCCCUUUGGCGUACUGGCAGGUUCGCUGACGCACCACACAACUACGAUGAUGACGGCCUCAACUGCGGUGGUUUCGACCGCCAGUAUUCUGUUAAUGGAGGACGAUGCGGUAUUUGUGGUGAUGCCUUCGAUAACUCGCCGCCGCGCCCCCAUGAGUUAGGUGGCAAGUUCGGCCUAGGACACAUCGUCGCUACCUACGAGCAGGGCCAAGUCAUCAACACCAGAGUCUACAUCAGCGCUUACCAUAUGGGAUACUGGGAGUUCAGACUCUGCCUGGACCCUAGCGACCAAACGCAGGAAUGCUUCGCUCACUUCCUUCUAGAGUUAGAAGACGGUGGAACCAAAUACUAUCCUAAAGGAACUGGUUACUAUGACGUGAACUACCGCCUGCCUGCCAAUGUGGUGUGUGAGCACUGCGUGCUGCAGUGGAAGUACACGGCGGGCAACAACUGGGGCUUUUGUGGAGACGGCACGGGGGCCCUCGGCUGCGGCAACCAGGAGAACUUCUUCUCUUGCUCAGAUAUCAGUAUCAAGCGCACUGAAAGUAUUCCUGUAAACGUACCAAUCAUCAAUUUGAACGGUGAGGAAAACGCCUAAUUAUAGCGAAAGGCUGAUGUGUAAUUGUGCUGAUCUUAGUUUCAAUAUUAUGCAGACGUAUUUGAAACAUCAAAGUCUUGAAACUAAAAUCUCCAAUUACGGAUCAGUUUUCCGUGAGAUCUCUAACAACGGUUGUGAAAAUACAAAGAAUUUAUGAUAAUUUAUUGAUGCCAUAAUGUUAUUGUAAGUUUUGUAAUAAAUUAUUUUUGGUUUUUUA